CAGCAGCACGCCAAUUGCAAUCCCCAAAUUCAGCAAUAUCGCACGCAAUGGCUCUCGUUCAGACUGACCCCGACGCGUAUGUGAUCAAGCCAGCGGCUUCUGCGCCAGCUAUCGACACCAGCGACUGGCCGCUGCUGCUCAAGAAUUACAGCGACUUGCACGUUCGCACCUCGCACUACACCCCCAUUCCCCAAGGAUGCGCGCCUCUAGCUCGUGACAUCAAGUCGUACAUCAGCUCUGGUGUCAUCAACCUCGACAAGCCCUCGAACCCGUCUAGUCACGAAGUCGUAUCAUGGAUCAAGCGCAUGCUUCGAGUCGAGAAGACUGGUCACAGUGGUACCCUCGAUCCCAAGGUCACCGGAUGUCUUAUUGUCUGCAUUGACCGCGCCACCCGUCUCGUGAAGUCUCAGCAGGGUGCUGGAAAGGAGUACGUGUGCGUCAUUCGUCUUCAUGAGAAGCUCCCUGGAGGUGAAGCUCAGUUUGCGCGCGCCCUGGAGACCCUUACUGGUGCUCUUUUCCAACGACCACCGCUUAUCUCUGCUGUCAAGCGCCAGUUGCGUAUUCGAACGAUCCACGAGAGCAAGCUCUACGAGUUCGACAACGAGAGGCAGCUUGGUGUCUUCUGGGUUAGCUGUGAAGCUGGAACCUACAUCCGUACACUGUGUGUGCAUCUCGGUCUCCUGCUCGGUGUGGGUGCCCACAUGCAGGAGCUCCGACGUGUGAGGAGUGGAGCCAUGGACGAGACAAAGGAUUUGGUCACACUGCACGACGUUCUUGAUGCUCAGUGGAUUCACGACAACAACCGCGAUGAGUCCUACCUGCGCCAGGUUAUCGCGCCCCUGGAGAGUCUGUUGACGAGCUACAAGCGCGUCGUUGUCAAGGACAGCUCUGUCAAUGCCAUCUGCUAUGGUGCCAAGCUUAUGCUCCCCGGUCUCCUUCGUUUCGAGAAGGGCAUUGAGAUUCAUGAGGAGAUUGUUCUGAUGACCACCAAGGGUGAGGCUAUCGCCCUUGCCUACGCGCAGAUGUCCGCGGUCGAGAUGUCUUCCUGCGACCACGGUGUCGUUGCAAAGAUUAAGCGAGUCAUCAUGGAGCGUGAUCUCUACCCUAGGAGGUGGGGCAUGGGUCCUGUUGCCACUGAGAAGAAGAAGAUGAAGGAGGCUGGCACGCUCGACAAAUUCGGUCGUACAAAUGAAAAGACCCCCGCCAAGUGGAAUGCUGAGUACAAGGACUUCAACAGAACUGACAGCGGUUCAGCUGCGCCUCUGGCUGAGACUACCUCAACGUCCGAGGUCCUGGCUGCCCCUGCAAUUCCACCAACUGGACUCACCUCGACCGAGGAAGCGGAGGCGACCAGCGAGCUUGAAGGCAAGAGCAAGAAGCGCAAGAGCCGCGGUGAGGAGGACGACGAGUCGCCCGAGGACAAGGCAGAGCGCAAGCGCAAGAAGAAGGAAGAAAAGGCUGCCAAGAAGGCGAAGAAGGAGAAGAGGAAGAGCAAGGCCGCCGAUAGCGACGACUCCGAUUGAACGUUUUCGACGUGAAUGAAUGCGAAUUUCCACCAGCGAACAACACAGCUAUGUUGAGUGUACUACUGCUGUACACGUCCAUCGCGUCC